CGUAGUAUCCCCGAUCGCAUGCAUUAAACUACAAAUACAUCCAUCCACUCAUAUCAACUUUGGUUUUGCCUCUCUCUUCCUUUUCACUUUUAAAACGCCUCAAAAGCUUCACUUCUCUUACUCUCUCUCUCUCGCGUUUAUUUCCAUAUCGAGUUUUUGAGUUCCGCGAAAGACAUUCGAAGCAAUGGAUUUGGCAUCGAGUAUCGGUGGAAAGAUUCAAAAAGGCGAAGUUCUCUCCGCCGUCGAUAAGUAUGAGAAGUAUCAUGUAAGCUAUGGUGGUCAAGAGGAAGAAAGGAAAUCUAAUUAUAGUGAUAUGGUUAAUAAAUACUAUGAUCUUGCAACCAGCUUUUAUGAGUUUGGCUGGGGGGAAUCUUUCCAUUUUGCAACCAGAUGGGUAGGGGAAUCACUUAAGGAGAGCAUUAAGCGACAUGAACACUUCCUUGCAUUACAACUUGGCCUUACUCCUGGACAAAAGGUUUUGGAUGUUGGGUGUGGUAUCGGGGGACCAUUAAGAGAAAUUUCUCGAUUCAGCUCGACAUCUGUUACAGGGUUGAAUAACAAUGAGUACCAGAUCACCAGAGGAAAGGAACUCAAUCGCCUGGCUGGAGUGGACAAGACUUGCAACUUUCUGAAGGCUGACUUCAUGAAGAUGCCACUCCCAGACAACAGUUUUGAUGCAGUGUAUGCUAUUGAAGCCACCUGCCAUGCACCAGAUGCUUAUGGAUGCUACAAAGAGAUUUACAGAGUGUUAAAGCCUGGCCAAUGUUUUGCGGCGUAUGAAUGGUGCAUGACUGAUUCUUUUGAUCCCAAUAACCAAGAACACCAAAAAAUCAAGGCAGAAAUUGAGAUUGGUGAUGGACUUCCUGACAUUAGAUUGACCACAGAGUGUCUUGAAGCUCUAAAACAAGCAGGUUUUGAGGUAAUAUGGGAGAAAGAUCUAGCAUCGGACUCUCCUGUUCCUUGGUACUUGCCUUUAGACAAGAGCCACUUCUCGCUUAGCAGCUUUCGUCUCACCACUGUUGGACGACUUUUUACCAGAAAUCUGGUCAAGGCUCUGGAGUUUGUUGGGCUGGCUCCAAAGGGGAGUCAAAGGGUUCAAGAUUUCCUAGAGAGGGCUGCAGAGAGCCUAGUUGAAGGGGGAAAGAGAGAGAUUUUCACACCAAUGUACUUCUUUUUGGCUCGGAAGCCUGAAUCAGACAGCAACUGAAUUUUGUUGGCAUAAGUUACUCUGUUUCUAGGAGAAAGAAUCAUAAUAGCUUUUGGCCUUUCCAUUGUAUGUCUUGCUGUUUUCAGCUGCUUGAUUGUUUAGGUUACCAAGACUUCACUUUUUUUCUUUCUUUUUCUGAAUGACUUCAAUUUGUUUCUUUUUUACUAAAGCAGUGUGCCUCCUGUAUUAGUGGAUAAUGUAGUACUUCCUUUUUUAAGGCAGGCCAAGUUAUUCAAAAGUAUAAUCGAGUAAAGUUUUUUUUUUUA